GAUUGGAGGCCGCUGAAAUCGGGGUUGCGUGUUAUCUGUUCUCAAUGAGAGAACUCUGUGCGAUGGGUUCAGGUAGACACAGAGGGGAAAUACGUAAAUACACAGAUCGUGAGGCCGCAGUGUGGUCUGAGGAGCUCGGUGCGCGGGUCUCCACUCUCCCACUGCGGAAGUCGGCCCGGGGAGCCGUGUGGACACGGGCCCAGCGCGGACCCAAGCCCAGCCAAGCUGUCUCUCCAGCGGACGGCGCCACGCCGCUUAACAUCGCGCGCGGCUCGGGGGCUCGAAACCUUUCGAGGCAAACGAGGCCCGUCCUCUGCCCGGCCAAGGGCGGCCCAGACCUGCCCCAGGACAACAGGGGCUUCCGACUGGAAUCCGACCGCCGUCCGCACGGUCGACGUCGGCGGCUCAGCUCCGCACUCACUUCCGGUCCCCGUGCGUUGGGGUCGCUCGCGUUCUAGAUCUACGACUCCCAGGGAGGCAGCUGGUAACAUCCCGGGAUGGCCGCCUGAGCUUUGGCGGCGACACGGAAACUCGCCGACUUUCGGCUCCGCUCGGCUCCAUUCGCUCUCGGGAUCGGCUCUCUUCGACUCCUCUUCGGAUCAUCCUCUUCUCGGCCUCGGCUCCUUUUCGGCUAUUUCCGGCUAUCUCUCGUCUCCUCAGAACCGGCGCUCCUCGGCCGCCUUCGGUCUCGCUCGUCAGGACUCGGCUCCUCUUCGGCUGCGUUCAGCCCGCCCUCUCGGGGUCGGCUUUCUUCGGGUGAUUCUCGUCACGGCCUCGGCUCCUCUUCGGCUGCGGUCGGUCGGCUAUCGUCGGAUCCGACUCGGGUGCUCUUCGGCUGCGUUCGGCCCGUGCUCGUCUCGGACUCGGCUCUCUCCGGCUGCGGCCCCGGAAGAGCGCCCAUGGAGUCGGGAGUGCCGGCGCAACGCACUGCCAUGGCGCCGCUGCUGGAGUACGAGCGGCAGCUGGUGCUGGAACUGCUGGACACCGACGGGCUGGUAGUGUGUGCCCGCGGGCUCGGCGCGGACCGGCUCCUCUACCACUUCCUCCGGCUGCACUGCCACCCCGCCUGCCUGGUCCUGGUGCUCAACACGCAGCCGGCCGAGGAGGAGUACUUUAUCAAUCAGCUGAAGAUAGAAGGCGUUGAGCACCUCCCUCGCCGAGUAACCAAUGAAAUCGCAAGCAACAGUCGCUAUGAGGUUUACACACAAGGUGGUGUCAUAUUUGCCACAAGUCGAAUACUCGUGGUUGAUUUCUUGACUGAUAGAAUACCUUCAGAUUUAAUUACUGGCAUCCUGGUGUACAGAGCUCACAGAAUAAUCGAAUCUUGUCAAGAAGCGUUCAUCUUGCGCCUCUUUCGCCAGAAAAACAAACGAGGUUUUAUUAAAGCUUUCACAGACAACGCCGUUGCCUUCGAUACCGGUUUCUGCCACGUAGAGAGAGUGAUGAGAAAUCUUUUUGUGAGGAAGCUGUAUCUGUGGCCGAGGUUCCAUGUGGCAGUACACUCGUUUUUGGAACAGCACAAACCUGAAGUUGUAGAAAUUCAUGUUUCUAUGACACCUGCCAUGCUUGCCAUCCAGACUGCUAUCCUGGACAUUCUAAAUGCUUGUCUGAAGGAACUGAAGUGCCAUAACCCGACGCUUGAAGUGGAGGAUUUGUCCUUAGAAAACGCUAUCGGAAAACCUUUUGACAAGACAAUUCGCCAUUAUCUGGAUCCCUUGUGGCACCAGCUUGGAGCCAAGACUAAAUCCUUGGUUCAGGAUUUGAAGAUAUUACGAACUUUGCUGCAGUAUCUCUCUCAGUAUGACUGUGUCACGUUUCUUAAUCUUCUGGAAUCUUUGAGAGCAACGGAAAAGGCCUUUGGUCAGAAUUCAGGCUGGCUGUUUCUUGACUCCAGUACCUCAAUGUUUGUAAAUGCUCGAGCAAGGGUGUAUCAUGUUCCUGAUUCCAAAAUGAGUAAAAAAGGCAAAAUGUCUGAAAAAAUGGAGAUUAAAGAAGAGCAAGAAACCAAGAAGGAGCUGGUCCUGGAAUGCAACCCGAAGUGGGAGGCGCUGACCGAAGUGCUCAAGGAAAUCGAGGCAGAAAAUAAGGAGAGCGAAGUGCUUGGUGGCCCAGGUCAGGUGCUCAUCUGCGCCAGCGACGACCGCACCUGCUCGCAGCUGCAGGGCUACCUGACGGCCGGCGCCGAGGCCUUCCUGCUCGGGCUCUACAGGCAGGCCUUUGACAAGGACAGCCGCGCGGAGGAGGUGUGGGCGAGGCUGAGGAAGGCCGACGGCUCGAGCAGGACUCGGAGGUCCGACAAGAGGCCCAGAGCGCGCGCUGCCAGAGAAAGGGCUCUCAAAAAGAAGAAGCCGAAGUUGACCCUGACCCAGAUGGUGGGCAAACCCGAAGAACCGGCGGAGGAGGGCGACGUCGAGGAAGGCAGCCACGGCGAAGUAAGCAGCAGCCCGGAGGGCGCGGCCGAAGGCAGGCAUGCGGAAUUCGAGGUCCAGUUGUCCUCGGACGCCGCCUAUGGGGUCCUCCAAGAACCCCUCACCAUCAUCCACCCGCUUCUGGGCUGCAGCGACCCGUACGCGCUGACCAGAGUCCUGCACGAGGUGGAGCCCAGAUACGUGGUUCUCUACGACGCCGAGCUCACCUUCGUCCGCCAGCUGGAGAUCUAUAGAGCAAGCAGGCCCGGGAAACCCCUAAGAGUUUACUUCCUGAUAUACGGAGGCUCGACGGAGGAGCAGCGCUACCUCACGGCUCUGCGGAAAGAAAAGGAAGCCUUUGAGAAACUCAUAAGGGAAAAGGCCAGCAUGGUUGUCCCUGAAGAGCGAGAAGGCAGAGAUGAAACCAAUCUGGACUUGGUGAGAGGCACGGCGUCGGCCAAUGCUCCCACAGACACGCGGAAGGCCGGUGGCCAGGAACAGAGUGGCACCCAGCAGAGCAUCGUUGUGGACAUGCGUGAGUUUCGAAGCGAGCUCCCCUCACUGCUGCAUCGCAGGGGCAUUGACAUUGAACCGGUGACGCUGGAGGUCGGAGACUACAUCCUGACCCCAGAGGUGUGCGUGGAGCGCAAGAGCAUCAGCGACCUGAUCGGCUCCCUGAACAACGGCCGCCUCUACAGCCAGUGCGUCGCCAUGUCCCGCUGCUACAAGCGGCCCGUGCUGCUCAUCGAGUUUGACCCCAGCAAGCCCUUCUCCCUGACCCCCCGCGGCGCCUUGUUUCAGGAGAUCUCCAGCAGCGACGUCAGCUCCAAGCUCACCCUGCUCACGCUGCACUUUCCCAGGCUGCGGCUGCUCUGGUGCCCCUCGCCGCACGCCACCGCCGAGCUGUUCGAGGAGCUGAAACGAAAUAAGCCGCAGCCGGACGUGGCCACGGCCAUGGCCGUCACGGCGGAUUCGGAAAGCCUCCCCGAGUCCGAGAAGUACAACCCUGGCCCCCAGGACUUCCUGCUAAAGAUGCCAGGGGUCAACGCCAAGAACUGCCGCUCGGUGAUGAACCACGUGAAGAACAUUGCAGAGCUGGCCACGCUGUCUCAGGACGAGCUCGCGCGCAUCCUGGGCAACGCCGUGAACGCCAAGCAGCUCCACGACUUCCUCCACACCCCGUACGCGGAAGUGGUGUCCCGGGGAAAAGUGAAGAAAUGAGCAACGAAGCCGGCCCCUCGUCCCGCAGCCGUGCUCGGCGCCGGCUCCCUGCCAGCCGCUGUGGGUCACUGUUGUCCUGAGCCCACUACUGCAUUCUCCAGUGCGGGGAGGGAGCCAGUGUUCUGUUUCCAAGGGAGGGCAGCGGACCAGGGCCCAGCUUUCUCUCUCACCUUGGCACCUCGGUGUCAUCUGCACUUUCCCACGCCUGCUCCCCGCUCCCUUGCACGGUCCGUGCCAGGCCCGGUGUGUAUUCCAUUUGUAAAUGAGGUGUGGCAGGCUCAGGUAAAGUUUCUGCAGGCCACUUGGAGACAAGCAGAAAUGUGUGUUUCCUACACAAACAGUAAGGCACACAGUCACGUUCUUAGCCUCUGUCCACGCUCACGGAAUCUGUCUUUUACCAUUGCUUCUGGCCACUUCUCCCUACACUUCCUCCCACUGUAAUUCCUGUUCCUGGUUUAACACAGGCACCUUGAAAACCAGCUGGCUCGUCUUGACUUUUGAAAGACGUGAGUUACCUAAUUAGGGAACGGGAGGGUAUAGGGGAAGGAACCCUUGGGAUUCUCAGUUUUUACAGCUGUGCUCAAUCAGAGCUGUCGCGGCCAGGUGAUAGUUACAGAGUGCUUCCGGACCCCUCUCUCCCCUUCUCUCCCCUGCUCUCCCCGAGACGGCACCGCCCUCACUCCCCUGCCAGAGGGCAGGGGAUGGGCCACACGGUGUUCAGAUGGAGUUUUCCUUCCUUGAGUUGAGAUAGAUUGGAGGUAAAUGAGAGAUCAAUGCAUAGACUAUAUAAAAAUUCAAAAAGUAUUAUGUAAAAAUCCAUAAGGAGAACAAUCUCAUUCUAAACCUCCUUCGGAUUGAUUUAGGUUGGCUUUUUACUGACAUGUACAUACAGGAUAUUCAUAGCAUCUUUGUGCAGUUUUUAAACUUUUAUACUUAAACCUUAAUUAUGCUGUAAUGCAUAAUCGGUUUCCUACCUCAAGAGCUGAUGUGGACAUGAAUUCCACUAGCCAUGAUCCCCGUGUAAUGUUUCAUCAACGUCACCUCGUUCUCACUGUUUGCCACACAGAACUAGCAGGCAGUGCACCAGCUGACACAACAUGGUCUUCAACAAAAGUACUUGUAACUGGCCUUUCGAAACAACCUCUCGUGUUGGCAUCUAGGUUUACCGGUAAUCAACAGUGUGUGGAUCUUAAACUUCGUACGAGGGCAGGCACUGCAAGAGUGAAGGUGAGGGGUUUCAGGAGUGGACCGGUGCUCCUAGAACCGGGGACGUGGGGGCUAGAAAACAGGCCAAGAAACAAAGGAAGAAAGAUUUCGCCCACGGAUUUUGUCACAGGGUCAGGGAUAUACCUGUAGAACAGAGAGCAGAGAUGUGGAGUGAUGACAGCACGCGUGUUCGUGCUUGCUCUGUAGCGUAUUGCCUUACUGACGAGUGCAGUCAGAAUUGGAAGUGCGUUCCAGCAGACCGCUUCAGAUGCUCACGGUUACCGCUGUGUCUCCGAUCCCUGUCCAGCAGGAUGCUUGUAGUAUGCAGCGUCCGUCCUGUGUAAUUCCACCUGCUUGUUAGUGCCGUGCCUGCGCGGGAGGCAGAUCUUCAUCAACUGCAUUCUGCGGUCGGGAUUUCGUCCAGAGUUGCUUUCAAAAAUGAGCGCUUAAAGCAGCCUCUUAAAAUAGUCCUUGCUGCCUAGCCCGGCACCAGUGACAGUCUUAAUUGUGUCUAGUAUUGCUGUCCCUUGAUUCUCAAACCCGUUUUUGCAGUUGUACCCGCUGGACGCUUAAAGACAGGUGCUCUGUGCCAUGUAUACCUGAACUCUGAACGAGCGUUUCUGAUGAACUCUGAAAUGGUGGUUUGAGGUGAAGGGCUCUCCUUGACACUUCUACAACUAGAUAAAUAGAUUUCAGUGGGUUUCCAGUUGUGGAAAGCUUUCAAUAUAUCCACCAAGUAUUCACUUUUCUCAGACAUUUUUUUAAUUACAAAUUUAUACAAUAUAAGGGUUUUUGAUAGAGAAACUAGAAAUUCAUAGAGUUAAAUUAAUGUAUUUAUUUUCUAGCAUCAUUUUGUUAACUUUGCCUUUCUCUCAAAAUAGUAAGCAUCCAAUUUACUUAUGAAUUCAUGGUUAGCUUUUUAAAACCUUUUUAAAAGCUAGAUCAGCAUUCUAUUUUGCAAGACUUUUGCAUAAAAAUGGGAACAUAUGAAAUGUUGUGAGAAAUCACUUUCGGUGUCAUUUAUUUAAAUCACAGUGCCUCUCUCGGUAUUUUCUUAAAAUUAUACGAGAAGAAAUCAUUUUUAAUAGUGGCCAUAAAUAUUGUCAUUUUUGGCAGUAAGUCGCUGUGUCUGCAGUCCGAGGCCUGGUGACUGGGCGGCUGCGUGUGUCGGCGUGGAUCUGGGUGUAGUUCCCCAGGUCAUGAGGGACUGAACGUAAUUGCCUCAUUCAUCAACCCGUUAGGACAGGAAGGGUUAAAUCUGGAUGUGGCCCUGUUGAGAUAACAGAGUUUGGACAUAAUCAGAGGCCUUCAGUGGGGAAACCUACACUAAACAAAUCUGAAGACGUGGGUGGGGGAGGGAGCGGGGCCGCACUGGUCCUCACUUUGGUUUUUCGAGCAUAAUUUGAUUUUCCUUUUGCGCAGAAGACUUCUCUAGGGAAUUUCUCUUCUCCUUUGUGCUUGGCUUAACCUCUGAAAAGCCAGCACUCUAGGAAAACUCUUUUCUCAAGGUUGGAGUAGAGUAAAAUUUAGCAAGGCUUUGACAUGAAUUGUUGUCUUUCCUACCUAUUUUGCUUUCUGUUGUGUUGUGGUUGUAGCUAUUUGUUAUCCGGUUCUGACUUCAGCACUUAAGGAACCACUUGAAGGGUGUGUAAGUGAGAAUGUGGUUGGGAAUGAGACAUAACUGAUUGAUCCCAGUCUGUAAUGGAGUUGUGUGUGUUUAAUAUGUAUUUAUUCAAUAUUUCCCUCAAUGUGUUGUGGGCAAAGUAAAAACAACAAUGUACAGUAAAGGGAAUAUAUUGCCAGCACUGUGUUGGAAAAAUAAUUUAAAAUGCGAGAAUAUUUUAAUUUUUCCUUUCUUGUUCCGCAGUAUAUCUCAUUAAAGCUGAGCCACUCUUUGAA